AGAAAAGAAAUUUUACAUGUAAAGGGGAAAUGAAUCCUAAAAGUCAUAUAAUAAAUUCCUGUUACCGUUAAAAAGCAUAUAAGGAAAUGUAAGAUAUUCCAACAAACAUUGGAGACUUUCUGUAUUCAUAGAAACGCUACUUUUGGUUUCUGAGCUUUUUCAUUAGUGCGGUGGAUAAUCGUCAACACUGGUUAUUGUGCAGCAUGAAAAAAUUUCUUAAGUUUACCAAGGUUUAUUAAACAAAAAUUUAAGGAAAAUUUGUGAUAAAAUGGGUGAAAAUACCGUUGCCCAUGUAUUAGAUAGCAAGUUGAGAACAGAGGAUGUCCGUCUUAAGAAAUCGGCGCCAUUCAGUAAAAUGAUGUUAAAUGAACCGGUGCGCAAAGGUUUAUACGCCGCCGGCUUCAUAUAUCCUACAAUAAUUCAGUCAGCCGCCAUUCCAAUUGGAAAAUCAGGCAUGGAUAUACUAGUUCAGUCAAAGUCAGGUACUGGUAAGACUAUGAUCUUCUGCUGUAUUAUCUUGGAAGCGUACAAACCCGACAUCCCUGAACCGCAGUCGUUAGUGGUUGCUCCUACACGAGAGAUAGCUGUGCAAAUUGAAGAUGUUCUGAAUAGAAUUGGUAAAUACGCUCAAGGUUUCCGUUCUGUUUGUGUUAUAGGCGGUCUGGAUGCUGCCGAGGAUCGUAGACGCUUGCAAGGUGCCAGAGCCAUUGUCGGCACACCGGGUCGCUUAUUGCAUCUAAUACAGAAUGAAGUCUUGAACACGUCGCAAAUAAAGAUACUGGUCUUAGAUGAGGCGGACAAAAUGUAUACACAUUCAUUUCGUCAGAAUUUACAGCGCAUACAAAAAGCGCUGCCUGCACGCCAGCAAACAAUUGCUUGCAGUGCCACAUUCUGUGAUAAUCUUGAUCAGGAAGUGGCUAACAUUAUGCGUAAUCCUUUGCUCAUAUCAACUGAAAAUCGCGCAACUCUUUUGGUGGGCGUCAAACAGUUCGUUUACGAAUUACCGGAAUUUAAAACUAGCAUCUUAGAAAUGGAAGCCAAAUUAGAUGGUUUGCGUUACAUAUUCGGUUGCGUAGCUUUUAAGCAAUGCUUAAUUUUUGCUGGUUCUCAGUCGAGAGCUGAUUCAUAUCGCAACUAUUUGGAAAAGGAUGGAUGGCCUUGCGAGUUGAUAUCUGGUUCCCAAGAUCAAAAGACUCGCUUAGAGAAGUUCCGUAAAUUUCGUGAAUUUAAGACACGAAUUUUAUUAGCAACAGAUCUUAUGUCACGGGGUGUAGAUUCCGAGUAUGUUAAUUUAGUAAUAAACAUGGAGUUGCCGCAAGAUGUGAUAACUUAUUUGCAUAGAAUUGGGAGAGCUGGACGUUUUGGUUCCCAUGGUCUGGCAAUAAGUUUUAUAUCCUCUGAGAAAGACGUACAAUUAUUUCGAAAAUUAACUGGACAAGUAGGUAGCGGUAUGAAGGUCUUGAUAUUUCCUUCAAAACAAACCGACUCUGAUAAAAAACCAAAAAAAGAGGUUAGGGAUCUUUGGGACUUUUCUAAAAACGAAGACGAAGCAAACUACUAUGGAGUAUUCAAUACGGAACCGAAAAAUGUAGCACCUUUGGCUGUUCAGGACACGGUAUCGUUGUCAAGCGGAAAUUCUGAAAAUAAAGAAAAUCAGAGCCUGGCCAUGAAUAUCGCCAGCAAUCAAUCAUCAAUUGAUACCAACACCUUUCGCAUUGAUUCGAAGGACAGUGCUUUGAAUGUUAAUGACUUGGCUGGCGUUGAACUGGAGCAAAAGCAACCACAAUUACAUGUGGCACAAUCACAAUCACAUCACAGUUCCUCUCAAUAUUUGGCGUCUUCAAACACGAUAGAUGAUGCCAGCAGCAUAGCUGCCGAUAGUUUACGCAGCAGUCAACAGGACAUUUCGCGAUAUCAAUCGAUUCUAAUGAGAAAAGCAGCCAUACCUACUUUGAUGGAAUUUCUAGUCGACCAUGAUUCCUUAAAACAAGAUGACUCGAAAAAUAAAGAAGAAACUCGACCUCAUAAGUUGAAUAUUGAUUUGUAUGAUAACUACACGAAGGAAGUCUUAAAUGGUGAACAGAGUAACACGGGGUCUGUUAGUACUACGAUGGAUGAUCCAGUUUUAUCUUCGCAGAAAUUGGCCAAAUUAAAAACGUUACUAAUCGAUAAGCCGACACUUUCUGAAUCGGCUCCUCAUAUUCCGCCAGUGGACUUUUAUACUGACUUUGUCAAUUUUCAAGAAGGUGAUUCGUCUUCGGAAGAAAUCGACAAAAAUACUUUUAUCCUUUCCGUCACUACUCCAUCCAAUGCUCAGGAGUCGUUGGAAGAAUUACAAUACACAUCAGCCGAGACUAUAGAAUCAAGCACAACGUCGUCAGCUAAACCAGAGGUGAAGCACUUCCCAUCUCCAGCUCAUAAUCAACCGUCCAAGAACUUGAGCAUCAACACCCCAAAUCUAGUAAUGCCAACAGGAAAUCAACCACUGAAGCUAUCCAUAAAUAAAAUUGGUCAGAUUGAAAUUACGUCAAUAAUUGCACACGACAAGAGUUUAUUAAAUUCUGAAGAAAAUAGUGUGACCGCACCAUCUCACCAGCAAAUUCCUGGUGAAAGUGAUUCACAUGUUUCGCCUACGAAUACCGAAUCUAACGGUAAUAGUAGUGCAGCUCAAGACCAGCCUUGCAAGAACUUGAAUACUAACGAAUCUAAUAUAGUAAUGUCAACGGGAAUUCAACAACCGAUGUUACCGAUAAAUAAAAUUGCACAGAUUGAAAUUCCACCCAUAAUUCCACACAACAACAGUUUAUUAAAUUCUGAAGAAAAUAGUGUGACCGUACCGUCUCACCAGCAAAUGUCUGCUGAAAAUGAUUUCAAUAGCGAACGUAGUGGUGGUAGUAGUGGUUUCGAAGAGAGAACUAGCGCUUCGAAGUCCUCCGAUGAAGGAACUUCAGAAGCCAAGUGUGCGUUUAUACAGCAGCAACAGCAGCAGCAGCAGCAAGAGGAACAACUCGUAUCCGAAUAUGAUAGUAGUUCAGACAUUGAAUCAAGUGAAUCGAAAGACUAUGAACACGAUCGUGCAGAUGCUUGCGAACAGGAUGAUAACAGUGGCAGUAGCAGUGAACAUUAUUUCAAUACCGAUAAUGAAGACGAAGAAGAGUAUGAGGAGGAAGAAGAUGUAAACGAUAUUGGAGAAGAGUUAGAGGCAGAGCUAGAAGAGGAUCCGGAAAACAAUCAGAAUACGUCUGCGAGCUAUAACCGUACAUCAUCCGCUAACGCCACUACAUUUUCCAAUGAGAGUUCAGACAGUUCUGAGCAAAGCUAUAAUGAGUCUUAUCAGGAAGCCUACAAUCGCUGGGUAGAUUUGUAUUUGAAUCAAAUGACUCUUAUACAAGAUUAUGUAAAAUUUGUCACUUAUAUUAAAGAUCAUAAAGAGUUCCCCGGCUAAAUUCCACUAAAAUGUCCGACAAAGUAUUAUGUUAUCAAAAGAAAAAAUAUGUACAAAU